CUGGUGUCCACUUUGCAGCUCGUAAUUGUAUGCUGCCACUUGUACAACCGCUAAGAACUCACGAGUCGCUGUCGCAGGGAUGCGAUGGAUCAGUGCUUCUAUCUUCGACUCCUGGUAACAAGGCGGAGAAGGAUGCACCACCAAAUCUUUCACUCCAAGGAUUUGGAAUCAUCGAUCAAGCGAAGGCAGCAUUAGAGAGAACUUGUCCCGGAGUUUUCUCGUGCUCCGAUAUCCUGGCUCUAGCAGCUAGAGAUGCCAUCGCCACUAUUGGAGGACCAAGCUGGUCGGUUCCGCUUGGUCGAAGAGAUGGAACGAUUUCGCGCGCAAGUGCCGCGUCCAGCAAUCUUCCGGGUGACGGGUUCAGCUUCAGGCAGCUUCUUCAGAACUUCAACAGCAAGGGCCUCAGCCAAUCGGACUUGAUCGUCCUUUCAGGUGCCCACACAAUCGGACUUACCCACUGCAGCAAGGUCACUCCCCGCAUCUAUAACUUUCCCAGAAGCGCGAGGGGUGCCGACCCUUAUCUCAACAUCACUUACGUCACGGAGAAGAGAGGAGUGUGUCCCAACUCCGCCAGCAGCGCCAACAAAUUCGUCGCUCUGGAUUCAAGCAAGGGAGGCCAGACCUUUGACAUCAACUACUUCACUAACGUUCUGGAUCACAAGGCCAUCUUCAAGUCGGACGAUGCUCUCAUCUCCACAAGCAGCGGUUUGAAGCAAGUGCUGGAUCUUGUUCGAUCCCCGAGCUCGAAGUUUUUCAGCCAAUUCGGACUGGCUAUGCAGAAGAUGGGAAGGAUUCAGGUUCUGACCGGAUCCCAGGGAGAGAUCCGCAAAGUCUGCUCCAAGAAGAACUAGAGCAUAAAUGGUUUCUUAGAGUAAUAAAAUUGUUUUCGUGGACCCAGACUAGACUGUUCUUUAUCAAAGCGCUUAGAAUUGUAGUUGCUGAAACGUAUAACGUCCCAAUUCUCUUGGUGCACCUGGUCACUGAGGACCUCGUGCUUCAAGACUUCAUGAACUAGCCAUUUGGCGAAGUUUUUCUAGCCAACAUGGUGGGAUUCAAUACUGAGCGGGAAUCAAAUCUAUUGAUAUGGAGGAGAUUUGGUCGCUAGGACUAAGCUAGCUAGCAAGUUGUUAGUAUCUAGUUCUCCAGAGUUGUUAGGAAGAGUAAAAAUGAACACUGCAUUGGUCUCACACAACAUUCUUCAAGACCUUGGGAAGCAGAUCUGCUAUGCUAAUUAUGUAGCACGCGG